ACAAAGUCGCCAAGUGUCCAGGAGCCCGACGAGGAGUGACGACUCAGUGUAUCUGCAGUUCGCGUCUACAUCCUCGCAAAUAUUAUCACGAGUCUCCGCCAUAUGUUCAACUUAUUCAUUGCCUCCUUUUAAAGCCACCAAACACUUCUGGCCCCCCUUCGCGCACCAAUAAAUUCGCAGACAACAGCAUGAACGGCAUGCGCUUUGAUCUGCAUGGUAGCGACAACAUGUUGCAUCGUGAGACCAGUUUCGAGCAGCAACAUAACGGACAUUUGCGGCCGAUGGGGAGUCCGAGUGAGGGAAUGCAACCUUCUAGUAACGGCAUCGGUGCAUCCCUCGAGACCUACCCAACACAACCAGAGUCUGUGACGCAGGGCAGGAAUUCUGUCUCUGCUGCCCCGAGUACUGCUACGGCUGCAAUAACGUCGAAUGGAACGAAUCAUGGCGUGCCGCAGAAGAAGUCAAGUCGAGCGUGUGAUCACUGUCGAUUGAAGAAGCUGAAAUGCAAUACUGAGCCUGGACAAUUGAACUGCUCAAAUUGCCAUGGUCGUCCCUGUGAGUACACCAGGCAGCCUCUCAAGCGUGGACCGCCGAAAGGACGUAAGCUAAAGCGUAAAUUGGAGGAUGAAGAGGAACAGAGCGAGGGAGACUCUCCGGAAUCCGAGGAGCUCAAGCGUCGCAUGAAUAAAAACAAUGAUCGCUUUGAUCCGAUUCGAGAUGCACAGGUCACCAUGAUGAGUGAUGCGGCGUUAGAUCCGCAGCUGAGACAACCUCAGGCCCCUCUACCAAUACCACCAGAGUCAAAGCCCAAAUCAGCGAGACGCACAUCAGGACAAACGAGGCGACGAUCUGAGAACAUGCUGCCUAUGCCGCCACUAUCACUGCAACUAGAAGCCCUGCCAGUCUUUGUCGAGUACAACCAAUCGUCGCUAGACAGAUGGUACCUACUGCAUCAAACGACACUGCCCAUCCUCGCAAGAGAUGCGGACACUUUACCUGAUUACCUGAAAGUUACACACCCCUUACUACGUUCUGCGUUGCUGCUUGCUAUCUACAGCGUAGUAGAUCGUAGGCGAACACCACAACGCAUCGACGCAUUACUGGCAGAACGCUUCUUGCUACAAUACACAGCAACGAAAGUCCGAGAAACAACGCAUGAUCGAAUCGUGCAUCUACAGGUAUCGCUCAUAUUGGCCAUUGAAGCGGAUCAGCGAGGCAUGCAAAAGAUGCCUGGUCGAUGUGGCCAUACCUUCACACAUUGGCUAGCCGGAUCCAUUUCACUGGCCAUGGAUCUGCGUGUGCAUUCGAUUGAGCCUGUGAAGCAGACUGCAGCGGAAUAUUGGCGGCUGAGACGAUUAUACUUCAUCAUGGUUAUUAUGGACCGCUGGCACGCUAUAGGUCAUGCGCAUCCACUCAUGAUACCAGAUUCGCAAGUGCCGUUCUCUCCAACGGUGGACUUGCUGGGUCCAGCAACGAUGCAUCUGUAUACGAUGAGUAUGCUCAUCAGUAAGCUACAUGCGCGUAUGUCUCUACAUACAGCGAUGCGAGAUUUGCCCGAUUUGGCACUCUUGAAUGCCAAGGACUUCAAGGAGACGAUUGAUGAGUUGAAUGCCUUUCGAACGGCGGUUGAGCCGAUUUGGGGACAAUCAAACUUGUUGCAUAUUGGGUUAUGGCAUGUGGCAUUGCUUGCGGCAUUGUCGACGGAAGAGAUUGAUAUUGAUUUUGUCAAGGAACAUGCGAUGCGAGUCUCUGCCGUGUUGCCGCAUUCUGCAACACCCUUUACGACCUUCAAUCAUCACUUCUUUGCCAUGAGCACGUUGAGUCUCUUUUACAUCCUCGGCUUUCACGAGCAUGAGGAAUUUGCAAUCAAGCAUCUGGAGCAAUUGAGAGAGGCCAUUACAAAGCACAAGCAUCUGGCACUCGAUGAUGAUGAAGCAAAUUGGGAUGCUCAGCUCUUGACGUGCAUCAAUGCAAUGCUCGACGGACACCCGGAAGCAACACGAUUCGUGACAGCUGCGCAUGGACGAGCUGAUGCCUUGCUCGCUGAGAUUCGUAGCUCGGGCUACAUGCGUGCCUGGUGAGCCGCAUCCUCAUUAUCUGUCCAUGUUUUUUUGGAAAGGUCAAAUGUCGCUAUGCAAUAUACAUGUAUGCUCAUCCGUUGUAGUGAACUCUCGUCCUCU